AUGGAUCAGCACGCUUUUCCUGAUCUGCCUCCCCGCUUGAGCCAGAGACUGCAUUCCAUCCUCCAGCAAAGGGGGUGGCUGCCCCCACAAUGGGACUUUCCUGACAGUCUUGCGCUGCGCAACUUGGGUUCGCUGGCUCAUGACAGCGAGUCGGCAGCAAGCAAAGUGUUGGAUAACCUCUACAGCAAGUACGAGAUAAAGAAGAGCACAUCAGCGGUCAUAAUGCAGGAGGUCAAAAUGCAAAGGCAGGCCCUAGGUUUGGGUACGGGGUUGUCACCAGCAGGGGGAGGAAGGGUUUCUGCGCAGCAUUGGCAGGAUCAGGCAAAUGCAAUGCAGAGGGGGGGCAAUGCUGCUGGUUUUACACCCCCCCGGAGCGGACACCAAUCAACCUCACCACUCAACGCGACAGCUUAUCAAGCAAACCCUCAGCAGAAACCUCCGACGCUUUCUCACCAGCGCUCACGAGAAACAGUAGAAAGUGACUACUUACUACGGCGAGAACCUGUCACCCCAGAGAAAAGCAGCCCUGCACCUGCGAUGGUCUGCUCUCCCCCAUCCCCAGAAAGGCCUCCCACUUCAGUACAAGCGCAAUCCCCCGGAUCAGUUCGUCUUUCCCAGGGGGGGCCUGUCGUGAGAAAGUUAGAUCCGCUUCUAGGCCCUCCCCGCGCCAAGUCCCCAAGGAUUGGGUCGGAGACAACAAGACACGCAUCCAGGAAAGGAACACACCAGGGGGGCAGUGCAGAUCAGCAGCGGAAUGCUGACGUCAGCAAUGCCUCGCUGGGCGAGUGGGAUGAGGGCGUCCCGGGCUCACAGCAAUCAUUCGCUUUUCCAAGGCUCGAAACCACCCCCCCAAUCCGGUUUGAGACACCCCCUCCAGAAGAAGCCGGCAUCCUGAUCAAUGCAAACGCACUGUCCCAGCAGGGGUUAGCGUCUGACACCCGGGGGUUAGCGGAAAGCUUCAGCCGGUUUGAGCCGCCGUCAGGUUUCAGAAGCUACAAACCCCCUAGUCGAGGUGCAUAUCUACUGGACCCCCCUGAAACGAAACCCGUGGGUAUAGAACGGACUCCAAGCUCCCUUCCGUUGGAGGAUAAGCACGUCCUGUGCGUUACGCAUUGCGAGACCCCCCCCCUCCCCAGCUCCCAAGCCCUGCGGGGUUUGCCUAACCCCUCCCCUGGUCUGCCUAACCCUUCUCCAAGUUUGCCAAACCCUCCCCUCCAACCAAUAACUGGCACUUGGCGGCUAGAGACAUCAAGCAGCCAGGGGCCCCAUCUGGUUCUCGAAGCAAUCCCCGGGGGGCCCGUUCACACCCGCGUUCCCCUACGGUGGGAACAGCCCCUCCCUCUUCCUCCAGACCUUCAGGAGGGUAAUGCAAACCUACUACGGAGCACCCACUCGAACUGGAGGCCGGUUCAAAUAGCAGAAGACGGCUCGCUGCAAGGUGUCUUAUGGGGACAAACACUGGUAAAUGUUCCGCGAGUAACUGCCGCGAGGGAGGCGAUGCCGCCGGGCAUUCAGAAGAGUCUUCUGCAUGGUUCUGGGAUGACCAGGGAUGACGUCAGCACAUCGUCAUCCCAUGGUUCGAGGGUCCACGGUUUACCAGGCUCCUUGGGCGGCAGGGCAUCAUUAGGGGCUCCGGACUGCGAUCAGUCGACUCCGCUCCGAAAAGCGUUCGGCGAGCUGGAGUUCAAGAAGCGAUGGCUAGUGGAGUAUCAUGGGGGCCAUAAUUUGAGCACCUUGUCCCAAACCGUCGAUGACGUCACGCUGACGUCAUCCCUCGUCGCCUUCCGCUCGUCGUCCCUGCUCGAGAUCGAGGCCCGCCUGCUGUCCUUCCUCCCGCGGGCGAAGCACCGGAAGCUCAUUGCUCUAGUUCUCACCCGGGAGGAUCCGGAUGCCAACGUCGUGUACGCGGUCAAGGUCCGGAAGAAUCGGACGGUCGAGCUCAUGGCGCCGGCGCUCGAGAAGGCCGGCACGGCGGGGGGGCGCCUCUUCGACUACGACAGACUACUCACGGUGUACAUCGAGGACAUACAAAAGCACCGUGCCACGUGCGAGUCCGUCCUGCGAGACUCCCUCACCAUCUGCGCGCGCACCUACGCGUUCCUCCUCCCCAAAGACGCCACCAACCGGGACGUCCGCAUCCUAUUCCUCGCGCUCUCUUCGGACGCGGCUACGGACGCGCGCGCCGGGUUUAGUCCGUACGACAGCAUCGACGACGCGCGGGCACGUGUGGCGCACUUCCACACGUGCGCGAACGCGGCGCGCGGGUGUUCGUGGCAGAUCCAAGCCCAUCUUCUGACUUUAUUCUCGAGGCGCUCGCAGGACUCCCGAGGGGCUGCCCUUGCAGACGAGCUCAUUCACACCGACGGCAACGUCUUCAUCUCGGAAGACCUCGCGAAGUUGGUCCCCGCCGGAAUCAGUCAGGGGUGUUUGCCGAAGGAGAAGUCCGGCCACGACAUUCCGCUGGUCAUCCAGUUCCGCUUGUUCCACGAGGGAGAGGCCUUCAAGGGCACGGUGACCCUGAACCGGUUGCUUCCGCCCAACACCCUGGUUCUGCCGGGAUCCUGCCGGAAAGUGGCACGUGACCACGCCUGGGCGGAAGCGCUGCCCCGGGCCUUGUCCAGCUUCGAAGUGUGCCAAUCGUCGCAAGAACCGAGCGGCGAAGCCCGGUUGAACCAGCAGCUGAUUCUGCUGCUCUGGCACGGAGGAGUGCCCACCGAGACGUUUAUGCGCCUCCUAGACGACGCGCUCGAAGCCCUGCUGACGUCAUGCACUGACGUUGCUGCGGCUUACAAAGUCGCCAAUUCUUUCGGCAGCGACGACCGCCCGAAGCAGCAGGCUCUGGACGCGCUCAUCAUGCUGACGUCAGGCUUCGACAUGCACGAGCUGCGGCUCCGGUCGAUCGUACGGACGCUGCAAAAGGAGCGCUUCGUGGAGCUCAGCCGCGGACGCAUCCCGGUGAAACGGACGUACAGCAAUCUGAUGGGCAUUGCGGACCCAACGGGACAGCUGGCACCGGAUGAGGUCAUGGUCAUCCUUUUGUCGGCCUUCGACGAUUUAGUCGGACUCGUCAGGUCUAGAGAGCGUUUGGAAGACGAGCUGCGCCUCCCUGGCAACUUCCCCAUUUCUGCCGGAAGGAGCGCGGUAUUAACCUCCGAAAAGGUCCUACUGUUCCGCCAACCGGGGCUUCACCCUGGCGACAUCCGGGUCUUCAAGAUCCAAAAAGUGCCCGCUAAUGGGCCGCGUUCCGCCGCGGACAUGAUGGCGGGAGGAGAUCUGGACGGAGAUCCCUACUGGGUUUGCUUCAACGAGGAGCUGUGCGCGCCGUUCCAGCCGUCCGAUCCGAUGGAGCGCCUGCAGCCGUCCGGCGUCCGUCCGGAGCCGCUGCCGAACUCCGCGGACGAACUGAACGCAAAACUGCGCGAGCACUUCCUGACGUGUGCCUUUGCCAUCCAGGGGGCGAUCGGCGGUGCGCAGCGCAACUGGCUGGCGCAUGCGGACUGGGGCAGCCAGGACGAGCGGCCAAUUCGAGGGGGCGGCCCAGGGAGCGCCACGUGUCUCGCUCUGAAUGAGAUCUACUGCCGGGCGCUCGAUGCGGGGAAGUCGGGCGAGAAGGUCAGCGUCCCGCCGGAACUGCUCGCGUCGCAUUACCCGUCGUACAUGGAGAAGGGCAAGGAAACGCGCGAGCGGGGGGGCAAUCUGACCGCGUUCACGGAGUACGAGUCCAAGUCUGUGCUGGGGCGGAUUUACCAGCGCGUUUAUCCACUCCUGCACGAGGCGCAGGAAAAACCGGAGGAGGUAAUCUUCGACGAAGACCUCAAGCUCGACUUGGCGGGGAACAACGCCCCGGUCUGGACGCAGUGGACGAAAUGGCUGCACGAGUACAACCAGAGCGUCCGAGAGGCGAUGUCCGGGCACCGUGCGGACGCCCGCGAGGCCGCAAUGGAGCAGGUCAAGCUCAAGUACAAGCGGCUGCUCUGGCAACAACACCUCCCCCGUGACGUCACUCCCGCCGACGCCGACAUCAUCGCCCGGCUAGAGUCGGCGGCCCCUCCGGAUGACGUCAUCCUGGCGGCACGUGCGGCGUACUCGGUGACGUACUCCGAAGCGAACGCGGCGUACGAGCGGGGGCGCGACGGCAGGCAGCCCGACGAAGGAAGGGGAGGGUAA